CACAGGAAAGAGCGGGUCAGAUGAGCCAAAUCGGGAACGCAGCAUCGGUCUUUCCCCUUCACAGCUUCACAUCCUUUUCUUCUUUGUCCAGGUUAACUAAAAUCGACGGCGGCGCGCGACGUUCGGCGUUCUCUCGCUGUCUUUCUCUCGCUCUCUGUCUGAGGGCUUAUUGUGGAAAUCCCUUCUGCUUCUACAUUUCAGAGAGUUUAAGAGCAGCUUACCCUCUUCAGCAAAGAUUGCUGCUUUCAUGCCAGUGCUGACUUUUGGUACAGUUACUUCAGUAAGUAAUUUGUAUCGAAUUUGCAGAAAUGGCAGUGUGUUUGUGAAUUCUUCUUCACUUUGUGCUCCUAAGACUAUGGAUUUGACAGAUGCUAGUGAAGCCCAUGAUUGUAAUUACAUAGAAUUGCAGCAUAUAAUGCAGAAUUAUGCUACCUCAGGUUACUUUGAAAAAGCUAUGGAGACACUGCGUUGCAUGAGAAAUAUAGAAGGGAAGCCUACUGUUUACGAUUAUAAUGGUUUGAUUUAUUGCUAUUUGAGAUCCCAUAAUGUAUCAACGGACAAGCUAGAGCAGUUGUAUCAGGGAAUGAAAAGGUUUGGUCCCGUUCCAAAUGCAUUAACCUUCAACACACUUCUUAAUGGACUGUUGUCUCUCAGUAAUCUGAAAACUGCGUUUUUGAUUGUGAAAGAGAUGCACAGUAGCGGGUUUGUCCCGUCAUUCAGCUUAUUGUCAAGAAUGUUGAAAAAAUGAUAUACUCUGGGCAUUUUAUUGAUUCUCUCAAUAUGUUUGACUUCAUGAUGCGGUUGAAGUAUUAUCCUACUCAACACACUGUAGAUUCUUUGGUUUCCAUGCUUGCUAAUGCUGGGAUGAUCCGACAAGCAUAUUUUGUAUUGUCUACCCUUCUAGAAGAGGAUCACUUCUGUGGUACACAUAAUUAUAAUAAAAUUCUAUGGGCUAUGUGCAAGUCUAACCAGAGUUAUGCUGCUCUACAACUAUUGUAUUUAAUGAAAAAGAAAGGCAUAAUCCCCAAUAUUUGCUCUUAUACUGCUUUAGUAUAUGGAUUUUGUAAAGAAGGUUGGUGUGAAGAAGAUCUUCUACACUGUCUAGAUGACAUGGAGAGUGAUGGUUGCAAGCCCAAUGUCAAAACAUACACUAUAGUCAUCAAAUUUCUGUGCGAUAAUGGGAGAAUUGAACAGGCACUAGAAUACCUGGCCAAGAUGCAAUGUAGCGGAUGUGAACCAGACUUGACCACCUAUAAUGUAAUUCUUCGUGAACUUUGUCAUCAAGAUAGGGAGGAUGAUGCUGUGGAACUCCUUCAGGUGAUAAAUCAGAAAGGAUAUCUUCCUAGUCCACAUACCUGUGCUGCUUUAUCUGGAGGCCUGUUGAAAAUAGGGAAAUCAAGGGUUGUACCUUUGUUAGCGUGCAAGCUUACAUGUUUCUGAUGAUGACUACUUUUCCAUUUUCAGUUUUUUUCUCCAUGGUUUAAUCUUAGCAUUUUAUCUUUGUAA